AAAUUAGUGAGCACAAUGUUCCCUAAAACCUGCAGCAAGCACAACAUCCGACGCACCGUGCUCGGCACCUGCGUCGUGCUGGGCGGGGCUCGGCCCAACAAGGUGACCAUCACCCUUUGCCGGCGUCGGGGGUGCUGGCGAGCCCUCAGCUCGCGGAAGGUGGCCGCCUUCGCCUUCCCGGAGGCGUCCGGCCCCACCUCCGUCACUGCCCCGCUGGACCUGGAGUACCUCUUCAGGUGCAGCGGGAAACCAGACGCCGAAGCCACGCAGAUCAAGAUCUGUGUGGCGUACCGCCGCGGUGCAACUCGCAAGGCCCGCGUUAGCCUGGAGGAGUUCCUGGAGGCGCUGCUGGACGGAGGGCGACCUGGCAGCUUCUACUUGUACAUCUAUGAAGACAAAGUCGGCCUCCAGCAAGCCAGUCAGCAGUUCCAGGCCCUUCCCACAACAUGGCCACUGGAACAGAAACCCGACAAGGGAAAGAAGGCCAUGUAUACUGAAGGAAACACCGCCAAUGAUGAAGACACCUACAACGAAUGGAAAGCUUACCUAGAAAAGGUGUUUGCGGUGGACGAUCAUGACGAUGACACUUACAAUGACGAUGACACCUACAAUGACGAUGACACCUACAAUGAUGAAGACACCUACAACGAAUGGAAAGUUUACCUAGAAAAGGUGUUUGCGGUGGAAGAUCAUGACGAUGACACUUACAAUGACGAUGACACUUACAAUGACGAUGACACCUACAAUGAUGAAGACACCUACAACGAAUGGAAAGUUUACCUAGAAAAGGUGUUUGCGGUGGACGAUCAUGACGAUGACACUUACAAUGACGAUGACACUUACAAUGACGAUGACACCUACAAUGAACGGAAGGAUCUCCCGGAAAGGGUGCUUACGGUGAAAGAUAAAGACUUUGGCGAGGCGGCGCACGAGGUUGUGGAAGCCUCUGAUGUCGAUGCAACAGAAGAGGAGGAAGCCUCAAAUGUUUCUGCCGCGAAAGAGGAAGAAGAAGAAGCCUCUGAUGCUGGUGACGCAGAAGAGAAAGAAGCCUCUGAUGUUCCUGCCGCAGAGGAUGAAGAAGCCUCUGAUGUCGGUGCCGCAGAGGAUGAAGAUGCCUCUGAUGUCGGUGCCGAGGGAGAGGAGAAAGCCUCUGAUGUUACCGCCGUAGAGGAAGAAGAAACCUCUGAUGUUCCUGCCGCUGAAGAGGAAGAAGCCUCUGAUGUUACCGCCGCAGAGGAGGAAGAAACCUCUGAUGUCGGUGCCGCUGAAGAGGAAGAAGCCUCUGAUGUUACCGCCGCAGAGGAGGAAGAAACCUCUGAUGUCGGUGCCGCUGAAGAGGAAGAAGCCUCUGAUGUUCCUGCCGUAGAAAAGGAAGAAGCACCUGAUGUUCCUGCCGCAGAGGAGGAAAAAGCCACUGAUGUCGGUGCCACAAGAGAGGAAGAAGCCUCUGAUGUUCCUGCCGUAGAAAAGGAAGAAGCCUCUGAUGUUCCUGCCGCAGAGGAGGAAAAAGCCACUGAUGUCGGUGCCACAAGAGAGGAGGAAGCCUUUGACGUCGGUGCCGCAGAAGAGGAGGCACCACUGCACAGAGAAGCCUCUCGGGGCGAAGUCCAUUCACCAGUGACCGUCCCUGCCGCCCGCGCCACAGUUUCCCUCGCCUACCGCAGCCUCACCGUGGCGCAGAGAUUCAUCUCCCGCCUCGCAGGACCCGGUGACCGCCAGCUGGAGGACCUGCGGCGGAGCCACGGCGUCAGCAUCGUGCGGGUCAGGCGAACCCUGCACAUCAAGGGCGACAGGGACGCUGUGCUGCGGUGCCACCGAGACAUACGCGACGAGAUCGCCGAGUGGCGGAGGCGCGAGGCCGCUGAGGUUCAGUAAGCGAGCCACAGACAUGCCUGUGACCCGUGACGGCCGCCUUAGCACCAUGUUUCUUAGCAUUUCUUA